AGUCGGGGCAGCUGAGGAGACGUCUGCUGGAAAGAGCUGCACAAAAACAUACAAAACUUACAAAAUCACUGACAAAGAUUCCGUCACCUUGCCGUUUGUCUUCAGUGAUGUUAUGGGUCUGGAAGAUCAUGAGGAAGAUGGAAUUCAUCCUGAUGAUAUCAUUAAUGUGCUGCAUGGCCGUGUCAAAGAAGACUAUACAUUUAAUCCUGUUACUCCACUGACUGAUACUGAUCCAGACUACAUACAUGAACCCAGUCUGAAUGACAAAGUUCACUGUUUGGUGAGUGUAGUGCCUGCAAACAGCAUCUCCUCGAUGAAGACGGAGAUGAUUCAGAAGAUGCAAACAGUCAGAAAAUCUGCCCUCAGUUUGGGCAUCCCUCAUGUGGUUCUGAUGACAAAAAUUGAUGAUGGUGUCUGCCCACUGGUUACAAAGGAUCUAGCUGAGGUUUACAAAAGCAGGAAAAUCGAAGAAAAGAUGCAGGAAUGCAGCCACACAAUUGGUCCACCACUGAAAUGCAUCUUCCCAGUGAGCAACUAUCAUGAGGAGACUGAAAUAGAUGACAAAAAAGAUGUGCUUAUUCUGUCGGCAUUAAAGGCAAUUGCAGAAUUUGUAGGACCGCUGUGCCGCGCACGGCACGGAAGACAAAGUGACCACUAGGGGAUGAGCCAGAAACAGGCUUCAUUGCAGCUUUAAAGCAUUAAAUCCUCUAAAAACACGAAAAAAUCUA